UUUCUCCACCUCAGCUAUUGCUAUAAAAUGCCAAGGGUGACAAGUUCCUAUGGUCCUUUGGCUUCAUCAUCCAGUAAAACUAAAGUGAUUUGAGUGCUUUGGUUCAUGGUAAAGAUCCGAACUUUGAUUGACCCUGUCUUUUAUUUUCUCUGUCAUCACUCUUCUUAUUCUAAUAUCCAUUUAUAACACACAUACACACACUGCAUCUUCUUCCACCUCUUCCCAUUUUAUGGAUCUCAGAUUCAGUGUCCUUCUUCUGGGGUCCCCAAAAAUUGUUUACAGUUACACCCCAGUUAAUUUUCUUUCUGUUUUCUUCAAAUCAUGGACCAAAGCUACCAGCUUUGUAGUCAAAGACUGAAGAACACACAUCAAGCUAGUUUUCACCAUUGAAAAGCACCCUUUCAAGGAUUUUCUGUCAUUCGCAGAUACCCUUUGUCUCACUUUGAUUGAAUCUUCUUUCUUAUUGAGAAGAUCUUUGUUUUCAGUUUUCAAAUCUCAUUUUGAUUCAAAAGGGUGCUAUAAAGUUUUGAUUUUUUCUCUUGGGUUUUGGAGAUUCUGUGUUGAACAUGGAGUGCAGGAUCAGAAAGAAGGAAUCUCCAGAACCAAACAUCUUGAACCAAGCUUCACCUUUUCCUGAUGAGGUGUUGGAACGAGUUCUUGGCAUGGUGAAAUCACGCAAGGAUCGGAGCUCAGUUUCACUGGUUUGCAAAGAGUGGUACAACGCUGAGAGAUGGUCAAGGAGGAGUGUGUUCAUAGGGAACUGUUACUCUGUCUCUCCUGAGAUCUUGACUCGCAGGUUCCCAAACAUUCGUAGUGUUACACUGAAAGGGAAGCCUCGUUUCUCAGAUUUCAACUUGGUUCCUGCAAAUUGGGGUGCUGAUAUUCGUUCCUGGCUUGUGGUGUUUGCUGACAAGUACCCUUUGCUUGAGGAGUUGAGGCUCAAGAGGAUGACUGUUUCUGAUGAGAGCUUGGAGUUUCUGGCUCUUUCUUUUCCCUAUUUCAAAGCUCUUUCCCUCCUGAGUUGUGAUGGAUUCAGCACUGAUGGGCUGGCUGCAAUUGCCACUAGUUGCAAGAAUUUAACUGAGCUUGACAUACAAGAGAAUGGUAUUGAUGACAAAAGUGGUAACUGGUUGAGUUGCUUCCCAGAAAGCUUUACAUCAUUGGAAGUAUUGAACUUUGCCAACCUUCCCAAUGAUGUAAAUUCUGAUGCACUAGAGAAGCUUGUCAGUAGAUGUAAAUCAUUGAAGACUUUGAAGGUUAAUAGAAGUGUAACACUAGAACAGUUACAAAGACUACUUGUUCGCGCCCCUCAGUUAUGUGAACUUGGUAGUGGUUCAUUUUCAGAAGACGAUCUGACAGCUCAGCAGUAUUCAGAGAUUGAGAGUGCGUUCAACAAUUGUAAAAACCUCCAUACCCUUUCUGGUUUAUGGGAUCCUGCAGAACAAUAUCUCCCUCUUCUGUACCCUGCUUGCACAAAUCUUACUUUCUUCAAUUUAAGUUAUGCUCCUCUUGACGGCGAUGAUCUUGCUAAGCUUCUUGUUCACUGUCCUAAUCUUCGGCGCCUUUGGGUUGUGGACACAGUGGAAGACAAGGGACUGGAAGCUGUUGGUUCACACUGUCCACUGCUUGAGGAACUGCGUGUUUUUCCAGCAGAUCCCUUUGAAGAUGAGGCCAUUGGCCAUGGGGUUACUGAAUCAGGGUUUGUUGCUCUCUCUCGUGGAUGCCCGAGACUUCACUACGUGCUCUACUUUUGCCGUCAGAUGACCAAUGCUGCUGUUGCUACCGUUGUGCAAAACUGCCCCGACUUUACUCAUUUCCGACUCUGCAUCAUGAACCCUGGUCAGCCAGAUUACCUGACACAUGAACCUAUGGAUGAAGCUUUUGGAGCAGUUGUUAAAACUUGCAGUAAACUCCAGAGGCUCGCAGUGUCAGGUUUACUGACUGACCUAACAUUCGAGUAUAUAGGGAAGUAUGCCAAAAAUUUGGAGACUCUUUCAGUGGCUUUUGCUGGAAGCAGUGAUUGGGGCAUGGAGUGUGUGCUGAGAGGCUGUCCAAAGCUAAGAAAACUUGAGAUAAGGGACUGCCCAUUCGGCAAUGCAGCACUUCUGUCGGGUUUGGAGAGGUACGAGUCGAUGAGGUCGCUGUGGAUGUCUGACUGCAAGCUGACAAUGAAUGGGUGUAGAUUGCUGGCGAAAGAGAUGCCGAGGUUGAACGUUGAAGUAAUAAAGGAAGAAGGAUGCUAUGAGGGUCCGGCUCAAAGAGUUUAUGUUUAUCGUUCUGUUGCUGGCCCAAGGAGGGACGCCCCUUCAUUUGUCCUCGCGCAUUGCGGGCCCCACAAUGCGCGAGGUUCAGGAAAGGGUUCAACCACUUGGUCUAUUGUAUGCACUAUGCAGCCUUAUCUUGUUUGUUACAUGAGAGGCUAUUUCCAGAACCUGUGACCUCAGUCAUAUGACAACAACUUUUCAGUACUUGCUAGAUUGGAGUUUGGAACCCUCCACACAUUUCUCUUUCAUAACUUAUCCCUUUGAAAUUUGUAUUUGCACUAAUCCUGUGUCUAAUGAUUGUAUUAUUCAGCCUCUGGAUGUUUCCUUAGAUGGCAAACCCCACAUACUCAUAAUCAAGCCUCAAUAAUGUGGAAGGUGGAAGCAAGAAAAGAUGGGGGUAAUGCAAGAUCCAAACUCCAAUCAUGUUGCCAGUGCUUGAAACGUUGCCAUUGAUUGUUCUCUUGGAUAAGGAAGGCCAAGACAAGCAAUAAAGCCAGCUUUUCAUAUCCUAUAAUUGCAAUGAACCUGCUUCCUCAGACAAGCUAGGGCCACCAAGUGAAAUAAUGCAACCGUCCAUCACAGAUAAGCAAAUGUGAGGCGAAUAAAGGGGUUCCUGUGCAAUCAUUGUCAACAAUAUCCACAUGAAGUGAAAUAUCUGUUACUGAAAGUUAUGUAAUUCCAUAGGAGGAUCAUGGUUGGUUGAUGAAAUUUAAUGGAUGCUAAAGACAUUUUAUUGCAGAUUGAAAUAUCUAUUCUUGAAAAUAUAACUUUGCCUUCUCAUUAUGGUGGAAGUCAUAGAAAUAACUGAAAUUUUUGAUAAAAA